AUGCAGUAUGAGGAUGAGACGAAGGAAUGGGAGACCCCCGAGUUCAACGUAGGCGUGGACAGCAGCUUCCCCUCGAGUAUCUGUUCCUCUCACGAAGUCCAGAAUCCCACGAGUCUGCAGGCCAGGACACAGGAUCCUACAACAGAGUGUAAUUCUCAGCCUGCAUUUCCUCAGCCUUCUUCCCAUCUCUCUACUUCUCCCUUGGCGAUUCCGGACCCGCGCUCCAUCCUCACCCAAGACACACCAGUGGCCAGUCCUCAUCACUUAGUGGACGUUAUUCCUCCUCAUAUAUCUCCGAGCCCUCAGCAACAACAGCAACACCAACAACAACAGCAGCAGCAACAACAACACCAGCAAUUACAACAACAACAGCAAGGGUUGUUACCUAUUGACAAGCAGGAGGAGCCGGCAUCACAGCCUGAUUCUACACAGCCGAGGCUUGAAGGUACAGCAGAGAGUUCGGAAGACGAAGAAGAAGAUGAAGAAAGCAGAAGAAGAGGAGGAGGAGGAGGAGGAGGAGAAGGGGAAACAAACAACAAAAAGAGGAAGAGAAGAAUUUUGUUCAGUAAAGCACAGACUUACGAACUGGAGCGUCGAUUUCGCCAGCAGCGCUACCUCUCGGCACCGGAGAGAGAACACUUAGCGUCUAUUAUCAACUUGACGCCGACGCAGGUGAAGAUCUGGUUCCAGAAUCAUCGCUACAAGACGAAGAAACAGAGGACCGACCGCAGCAUGGAUAUCGCCCCCCUCCCCUCGCCCCGUCGCGUGCCCGUGCCCGUGUUGGUACGUGACGGAAAGCCCGUGCCCGUGCACCACCCUCCGCCGCCCCAGUUCAACGCCGCGCCCUCCUACCCUCCCUCGUUCCUCGACGUGGGCGGGUACUACCAGCAGGCGACCGCCCACAUGAGGGGCAUCGCGACCCCGUCCUUGCCUCACUCUACCUACGCGUCUAUGGGAAUGAUGUCCGCCGCCGCCUACAGCAGUCCGGGCCUCCAGGGGCAGUACGGCAGCCACGCCCUCACGCCCGCGGUCACCUCCGCCGCCACCCUGCACUACGCACCGCCGCCCACGAUGACCGAGGCUCCUGACCCCUCCUUCGCCCCCUCGCAGUAUACCGCCCCUGGCUUCUCCUACUCGGCUCAGACGUAAGGGGGAGGGGUAGGGAGGGAGAGGGAGGAG